GCAUAAUACGGGGUAGCAACAUGGCGUUCGAACACGAUAUGAGGUGAAUUUAACCAAUGAGGAACAGUGCGGUGAGUUCAAAGUGUGUCUACUUCCGUGCUACGUCACUACGACUCUCACUUCCGGACACGGAGCUGAGAGAGGAACGCCGUCAUGGGGAAAAGCUGCAAGGUGGUGGUAUGCGGCCAGGCUGCCGUCGGUAAAACGGCCGUGUUGGAGCAGCUGCUCUACGCUAAUCAUGUAGCAGGUUCCGAGCCCAUGGAGACCUUGGAGGACAUCUACAUCGGCUCUAUCGAGACCGACCGGGGCACCCGCGAGCAGGUCCGCUUCUACGACACCCGGGGCCUCCGCGACGGCGUUGACUUCCCCCGCCACUACUACGGCUUCGCCGACGGCUUCGUGCUGGUCUACAGCAUCGACAGCAAGGAGUCCUUCAAGCGCAUGGAGGCCCUCAAGAAGGACAUCGACCGGCACAGAGAUAAGAAGGAGGUGACCAUCGUGGUUCUGGGGAACAAGCUGGACAAGCAGGAGGAGCGGCGCGUGGACGCCAACAUGGCGCAGAACUGGGCCAAGAACGAAAAGGUGCGCCUGUGGGAGUCGUCCGUGGCCGACCGGCGCACGCUCGUCGAGCCCUUCGUGUACCUGGCCAGCAAGAUGACGCAGCCGCAGAGCAAGUCCACCUUCCCGCUCAGCCGCAACAAGAACAAGGCCAGCGGACCCGCGGACGGCUGAAGGGACCCGCGGGUUAAAAAUGGGGGAAAAAAAAUUGCCCUCUUCUUGAUUGCAAAUCUUUCAAGACGUUGCUUUAAAAUUUAAGAUUUGUGACCUACUCUAGAUUGACGUACAUGGCAUGCUGUGAUAUUGUUUUUGCAUAUUAUUGACGGUGAUUGCAAAUUGAAAGUCUGGGGGUCCAAUGUUUCCCCCAUCAUUAGCGUUCAGGCUAACAGUCGUGUCCCGUUCAUGCCGCCGUUGAUGUGUGCCUGUCCGGUAAAUGUCGUCAGGGAUCGUUCUUACAGUUUUUUUUUUUUUUUUUUUUGUUAAUUUUAAGCGACAUCAUCGUUCUGGACAUUUCACAAAAACUAAAAGAGUACCAACGUUAAAUAAGGAGGCCAGUGCAUACUUCUGAAGGAGGAUGUAUAAUAACGCUGUCAUUACAUCACGUACGGACUUGGA